AUGGUCGCCUCCCUACCCUUCCUGACCUCCACUCAGGUGUUGAGUCGACUGAGGGACAACACAAUCACCGUCGAAGCCUAUGCAGAGUCUCUGUUGGAGAGGAUUAAAGAGAGAGAUGGUAUUGUCAAGGCAUGGGCGUAUCUUGACCCCGCAUUUGUCCUCACGCAGGCUCGAGCCCUCGAUAAAAUCCCCCAGGGUGAAAGGGGGCCAUUGCAUGGACUGGCCGUGGGUGUCAAGGAUGUCAUGAAUACUAAGGAUAUGCCGACGGAAUUUGGGUCUCCCAUAUAUCAGGGACACCAGCCAGGUUUUGAUUCAUCGGCCGUUGCUAUUUUACGUGCUGCGGGCGCUUUGAUUUUUGGCAAGACAACCACGACAGAAUUCACAGUGACCAACUCUGGACCAAACACAACAAAUCCUUGGGACCCAAACCGAACUCCAGGCGGCUCAUCGUGCGGUUCUGCGGCCGCAGUGGCUGAUUUCCAAGUCCCCUUGAGCCUUGGGGCGCAAACUGGUGGCAGCAUUAUUCGCCCAGCCUCGUAUACUGGAGUCUUCGCGAUGAAGCCAACGCAUAACGCCAUUUCCACUGAAGGACAAAAAGCGUUUGCGCCUACUUUUGACACGUUUGGUUUCUUCGCUCGUUCUGUCGAGGACCUACAACUCCUUGCAGACAUUUUCGGCCUCAAGGAUGACGGAUCUCCCAAAGAAAUGCCGCUGAAGGAAAUAUCCGUCGCCAUAAUGAAGACACCGAUGUGGAGCCAGGCCGGUCCUGGUACAGUGGCAGCCAUGGAAAGAGUUGCAGCCAUUCUUCGGGAUGGCGGCAUGGAAGUCGCAGAGGUCCCGUUUCCAGAUCAACUUUCAGAUCCAGACGCAAUCAAGGACAUUCAAAACAAGAUCACUCGUGGCGAGGGCCAGGCAGCAUUUCUCAGGGAGUAUCGAGUGGACAAGGCUAACUUGUCUCCUCAGGUGUGCCGCCUCGUCGAAAACCACUCCAACUACACACGAAAGGAAAUUGUGGAGGCAUCAGAUACGUACAGUCAAAUGCGGCGCAGCAUGAACAAGUUGGCAGGGAAUUACUCCGUCAUCCUUACGCCCAGUGCAGUGGAUGAAGCCCCGCUGGGGCUUGGUGAUAUGGGCGCAGCGACUUUCAACACAAUAUGGACGGGGUUUCACAUGCCAGUCAUCAACAUACCUGCAUUCGUUGGAGUCAAUGAAAUGCCCGUUGGGGUGUCACUUGUCGCGCCCAGGUUCCGUGAUCAGCACCUCCUGCAGGUCAGCAAGAUAGUUGGCGACCGCCUGAUAGCUGAAGGAGGAUGCAAGCCACGUGUCUACUCAGCCGGGUUUGGGGGGGCCAAUCCAUCAACUCAAUUCCUUUUCAACUAG